GAGCGAGCGGAGGAGGCCAAGAUGGCGAACCAGCCGCCGCCGCCCCCGAAGCCCUGGGAGGCCUGCCGAGUGCCGGGGGCCGGGCCGGGGUCAGGACCCGGCCCCGCGUUCCAGUCUGCUGAUUUGGGUCCUACUUUGUUGACAAGACCUGGACAGCCAACGCUUACCAGAGUGCCCCCACCUAUUCUUCCAAGGCCGUCACAACAGACAGGAAGCAGUAGUGUGAACACUUUCAGACCUGCUUACAGUUCAUUUUCUUCUGGAUACGGUGCCUAUGGAAAUUCAUUUUAUGGAAGCUAUACCCCUUAUAGUUAUGGCUAUAAUGGGCUGGGGUAUAACCGCUUCCGUGUCGAUGACCUUCCGCCCAGUAGGUUUGUUCAGCAAGCUGAAGAAAGCAGCAGAGGGGCCUUUCAGUCCAUCGAGAGUAUCGUGCAUGCGUUUGCCUCUGUGAGCAUGAUGAUGGAUGCCACCUUCUCAGCUGUCUACAACAGCUUCAGGGCCGUGUUGGAUGUAGCAAAUCACUUUUCCCGAUUAAAAAUACACUUCACAAAGGUGUUUUCAGCUUUUGCAUUAGUCAGGACUGUAAGGUAUCUUUACCGACGGUUGCAGUGGAUGAUAGGUUUAAGAAGAGGCUCUGAGAACGAGGACCUGUGGGCAGAGAGUGAGGGCGCUGUGGCUUGCCUUGGCGCUGAGGACAGAGCAGCUAACUCGGCAAAGUCCUGGCCGAUAUUCUUGUUCUUUGCUGUUAUCCUUGGUGGCCCUUACCUCAUCUGGAAACUGCUGUCCACCCACAGCGACGAAGUAACAGAGCACACCAGCUGGGCGAGUGGCGAAGAUGAUCACGUAGUUGCCAGAGCAGAAUAUGAUUUUGCUGCUGUAUCUGAAGAAGAAAUUUCUUUCCAUGCUGGCGAUAUGCUAAACUUAGCUCUCAAAGAACAACAACCCAAAGUGCGUGGUUGGCUUCUGGCCAGUCUUGAUGGUCAAACAACAGGACUUAUACCGGCUAAUUAUGUCAAAAUUCUUGGUAAAAGAAGAGGUAGAAAAACAGUGGAAUCGAAUAAAAUCUCCAGGCAACAGCAGUCUUUUCCCAGCACAGCACCCCUUAAAGGAGCCACUGCUGCUGAUUCUCUGCUCCAACAGGAAGCUGCCUUUGAAUCUGUUUUUGUGGAAACGAGUAAGGCUCCAGCUGCACCUGUUGCCACCGGGAAAGGUGGAGAUGAACAAGAUCUUUGAUAGCUUUCAUGUUUGCCUGCAGUUGAACUAUGCUUUAGAGUACUUUUGAAAAUUAUUUCUUACAAAGAAAUUAAUCUACGGUCUGAUGAAAACAUUUGUUAGUGGGUAUUCCAGGUAUUUUGCUGCUAGAAAUUAUUAAAAUUGUACACUAGUAUGUUGGUCUAGUAACUGGUUGCAUUUUACAAGUUCUUGGACCAUGAGGACAUUUAUGUCACCUAGAUUUUAAGGUUAUGAAGAUUGCUGUCACAUUCAUCUUAUUUAAAGCCCUAGAUUUACUGAAAGAAAGAUUGAUGCACCAUACUGUAUACAGUUUGCUACGGUACGGAUCAUUAAAACUUUUGAAAGUUCUAGAUUAAUUGACUCAGAUUCCUCUGAAAUUGAGGAAUGGCAUGUAAAUAUGAGAACCAGGCAAAAGGCUGUUUUUUUUUUUUUUACAACCUUAAAUAAACUGAAUAAUAAAAUUUUUUGAUCUGUAUUACAUCCCAGUAUUGGGUUUCCUUUAGGCAGUAAUAUGUUUUUACCCACAAACAAUACUAGUAUCUUUCAUUGUAUUUUUAAAAAAUCAUCUUGCAAAGGUCGCCGGAAGCACCAUGAAGGAGACAGCUCUACAGGCAGAGUGCGCUGCUCCAGUAACAGUCCUCCCUGCUGGUAAAAAGGCUAAAGUGCAUCUUUGCUCACAGAUUGCUUCCAUUUCUUCUAAGAAUAAUAUAACUUUUUAGUCACUUUACAACAUGACCAGUUUUCAUCCUGAAUCGAAUUAGAACCUAUAAAAGGUCUACUUUCUUUUCCUUCAGCCGAGACUCAAGUUCUUUGAGCCUGCACUUAAUGCUUUAAUCAGCUAUUAGCAGUAAUGGUUUUUAACCUUUUCAUACAGUCUUUGCUUCUGCCUUAGUGUAAUUACUUUUUAAAUUUCUAUAUUAAGACUGUUCUUUGAAUGUUGAAAAUUGUGUCAUGUUAGGCACACUUCUUUUAGGUUUAGUUUUCAUUACUAAGAUGGAAUAAAAUGCUCAAUUGCUAUUUAGAAUACGAUAA